GUCAAGCCCACAGACCAGACAUAGCCAAACAAUUUCAGAAGUAGAUGCAGAGAAAGUCUUGAUUAGUGUCGUCGCGUCGCCCUUUGUUCAUUUCCUCAGUAGUCUUUGACACAUGUCACAUCUACGGGGAUCCCAAAGACAACAUGGCACGUGAAAAUUUCAGGAAAGAAGAAACUCUAGCAAUGAGGAAGAGACUGAUCGGGCAGUCCAUCAGACUCUUCUAUUCAGGCGACCCUGUGAAAAUAGUGAGAGCAAGAGGGCAAUAUCUAUUCGAUGAGAAUGGCCAGCGCUAUCUGGACUGCAUCAGCAACGUCCACCAUGUGGGCCACUGUCACCCCAGCAUUACAAAGGCUGCAGCAGCACAAAUGGACCUCCUCAACACAAAUACAAGAUUCCUGCAUGACAACAUAGUCAUGUAUGCAGACCGCCUGGCCGCCACCCUGCCUGAGAAACUGUGUGUCUUCUACUUUGUUAACUCAGGUUCAGAGGCCAAUGAUCUUGCCCUUCGCUUGGCCCAGCAGUACACUCAGCAUGAGGACGUCAUUGUGCUUGACCAUGCAUACCAUGGGCAUCUAAUGUCCCUCAUCGACAUUAGUCCUUACAAGUUCCGGAAACUGGCAGGACAGAAAGAAUGGGUUCAUGUGGCACCCUUACCAGACACCUACAGGGGCUUAUACAGAGAGGAUCACCCCAACCCCGGCCAAGCUUACGCUGACACAGUAAAAGACCUGAUAGAGGAGGUGCACAAGAAGGGUCGUAAGAUCUCUGCCUUCUUUGCUGAAUCCUUGCCAAGUGUUGGAGGACAAAUCAUCAUGCCCCAAGGAUACUCAGCUAAAGUUGCAGAAUACGUGCGCUCAGCAGGUGGGGUGUUUGUGGCAGACGAGGUGCAGACAGGCUUCGGACGUGUGGGAAGUCACUUCUGGGCUUUCCAGCUGCAGGGGGAAGGGUUCUGUCCCGACAUUGUGACCAUGGGUAAACCAAUGGGCAACGGGCAUCCUGUGGCAUGUGUGGCAACCACUGUGGAGAUAGCAGGAGCUUUCACGGCCAACGGAGUAGAGUACUUCAACACGUUUGGAGGGAACCCAGUGUCCUGUGCAAUCGGCCUGGCGGUCCUUGAUGUGAUAGAGAAAGAGGACCUUAGAGGAAACGCCACUCGGGUUGGAGGACAUCUUAAAGAUCUGCUCAUGAAGCUGCAAACUCGACAUCAAAUAAUUGGCGACGUCAGAGGUGUAGGUCUGUUUGUGGGUCUUGAGCUGGUUACAGACAGGAAGAAGAAGACUCCCGCCACAGAAACAGCAGCAGCAGUGGUGAAAAGGUUGAAAGAGGAGGAUAAAAUCUGUGUCAGUACAGACGGCCCCUGGGACAACGUCGUCAAGUUUAAACCUCCCAUGUGCUUUAGUAUAGAGGACGCCGAGCUGGUGGUACAGUGUAUUGACCGCAUCCUCACAGACAUGGGAGCCAGUGCACUUAAACUGGAAAAGGACGACAUCUAAGGUGUUCAGUGCCAUUUUUAAGGCAUCUCCUAUGCAGACACCUAACUGGUGAAACCCAGCCAACUGGAGGUUUACACAUUUUAUCGUUACCAUCUGCAAGUCGACCCAUUACACAAGAUGCUAAUUUGACAUUCAUGAUCUACAAAGACUUGUUUUUUUUCUCCA